AUGAGCGGGCGCAGCUUUCGCUCUAAGAUUAAAAAUGCCCUAGCCCACUUCUUACCACAAGGCACACCUACACCCCUUAUCCCCAUACUAGUUAUUAUCGAAACCAUCAGCCUACUCAUUCAACCAAUAGCCCUGGCCGUACGCCUAACCGCUAACAUUACUGCAGGCCACCUACUCAUGCACCUAAUUGGAAGCGCCACCCUAGCAAUAUCAACCAUUAACCUUCCCUCUACACUUAUCAUCUUCACAAUUCUAAUUCUACUGACUAUCCUAGAAAUCGCU